GGGACACCUGUAGAAUCAAAAUCAAGAUCAAGAUGUAUUAGACUUUGUCUAAUAUAUCUUGGUCUUACCCUUUUCCUUGGUUCUCCUCACUCACGCCCAUUCAACGCCCAAGGAAAUGUUGAUAGAGUAACAAGAAAGAGAAAACGGCAUACAUAGAACAUGAUUUCAUAUCAAUUAAACAUAGGUAAUCAAGAAUCAUAUGUGAGUGCAUGCGUGUGUCACCAUGCUGCAGAACAAGCCAAUCCGAGGGGCCUUAUUAGACAUCACAGGUGUCCUUUAUGAGUCUGGAACGCGUGUGGCCAUACCUGGCAGUGUGGAGGCUGUGCGCAGGUUGAAGGAGGCGGGUGUGGGUGUGCGCCUUGUAACCAACGAGUCAUCCAUACCCUUAGCACAUCUGUCCACAAAGUUAGAGGGAAUGGGGUUUGAGGUGAGAGAGAAAGAGAUCAUUAGCCCCAUACCUGCUGUUCUGAAGGUGCUACAGAAAGAGAGCCUCACUCCACAUCUGCUUGUCAGCCCACAGGUAGAGGGAGAGUUUGCUCAUUUGUUCUCCAAUCAAACAUUGCCAAAUUGUGUUGUGCUUGGUGAUGCUGGUAAUGCCUUCAGUUUUGAAGCCCUUAACAAAGCUUUUAGGGCCAUCAAGACAAUGCCAAGUCCUAGACUUUUUGCCUUGGGAUGUGGAAAGUACUACCGACAUAAGGGAGAGCUACACCUGGAUGUGGGGCCCUUCAUGAGUGCCCUGGAGUAUGCCACAGGGGUGCAGGCAGAGGUUAUUGGCAAGCCAGCUAAGGAGUUCUUCAAGGCAGCCCUGUCAGAUUUGGAGGUCAAUGCUGAAGAG